AUGAAUAAUCAAGGUUUUGAAAGCGAUUCUAAAUCAGACAGAAGGUUUAGUGAACGAUCGUCCGUUUCGCAAGAUUCUAAAGUCAUUCUUUGGCCUCCAAAUAGUAAACCAUCACAAGAACAGGAUGUUCAUACAAUCUCACUCGACGAACUCUUUGAUCGUUUACACACUAAUCCAAGAACGGGCCUCUCCAGUAGCUUCGUAGCGGAUGCUCGCGCUUACUAUGGCGCAAAUAAGCUUACUCCUCCUAAGCCACCAAACUACGUUCUUCUCCUCAUACAACAACUACUUUCAGGAUUUAACAGUAUUCUUUGGUUUGCUGGUGUUCUCGCUUUUCUUGCUUGGAAACCGUUGGGUGAUUCCAAAACAGCAUCAUCAAAUCUAGCAUUAGGCAUUGUUAUAUUCAUUGUUAUUAUUUGCAACUCCGUCCUGAACGUCUAUCAACAGCUCAAAUCAAUCAAAAUCGUCGCGGCUUUUUCCAAACUUCUACCUACCCUGGCCACCGUUCGACGAGAUGGAAGUGAACAACAAGUCGUCACUGAUGAGAUCGUUCCAGGUGACAUCAUUCUCAUUCGAAUGGGUGAUAAACUGCCAGCUGACUGUCGGUUCAUUGCCUGUGAUGGUCUCAAGGUGAACACGUCCGAGCUGACAGGUGAGUCGAAGCCAAUAACAGCAUCGGUUCGUUGUUCGAGUGAAGUGUUCAUGGAAUCGACUAAUAUCGGUUUUUACUCGACUAUGGUUGAACAAGGAACAGGGGAAGCGGUAGUGAUUGCCACCGGUGACAAUACCGUGUUGGGUAAAAUGGCCGAAUUGACUAAAGGCAGUUCAGGCGAUGAAAUCACGGGUUUACAUCGGGAAGUUAACCGAUUCGUUCUCUUUGUUGUAUUGGCAACGUUAGUAGCCAUUGCUGUUUUGUGGAUAACAUGGGCAGCAUGGUUAAAUAAUCAACAUCCCGGAUUUGUAACCGUCAACGAAAACAUUGUUAAUUCGGUUGGAAUGAUCGUUGCUCUCUUACCAAUGGGAUUACCAUCCGCUGUAACAUUAGCGUUGACUCUCGUCGCACAACAGAUGUACCGACAACGAGUCUUGGUGAAAAGCUUACAGAUUGUCGAAACGUUCAAUACGGUUUCAGUCAUUGCUACAGAUAAAACUGGAACAUUGACACAGAACAGGAUGACCGUUACGCAUCUUCUUUGGGAUGUCGAUGGUGUUUACAAAGCACCAUUACCACAAAGAAAAAUAGAAGAGGUCGGGUUUUUCCAGAUUCUACGACGUUUAUCGGAUGAUGCAAUUAAAUUGGUUCGUCGUCUUUCGGACAGCACAAGGGACUAUGCACGCAAGUUAUCAAAUGGUAAUCGUGAUCAAUCAGAGCGGAUGCCUCUGGUGAAUAACAAUGGCGAAAAGAUAGAUGAAAGUGACAAACCGGAUCACGUUGCUAUUCAAGCAUUUCGCGAUCUACUACUCGGCGCAGCCCUUUGUAACAAUGCCGUAAAACAAACUAUCAAAGAGAUUGAAUUAGGCGAUAAAGAUGUUCAGAUGAAACCCAAAUUACAACUAGUAGGCGAUGCUGCUGAUACUGCAUUGUAUCAUCUUUGCGCCGAUCAAUGUUCGGUUCAUAUUGAACGAGUACGAAAUGUCAAUCCACGCUUAAAAGUUCUACCGUUCAAUUCAACGAACAAAUUUAUGAUUACUGCCAAUCAAAUGGAGAUAUUAGACAAUUCGAAAUCGGAUGGAGAUCGUAGUGUACUCAUCAUCAUAAAAGGUGCACCUGACAUAGUUCUGCAGCGAUGUUCAGCUUACAAAACAAGUACCAACGAAAUUCUUCCCCUAGAUACCGAAACAAAGAAAACACUGGUCGAUCGUCAGGAAGUAUUGCGUCGAACUGGUUAUCGUGUUAUUGGUAUGUGUCAGUUCAAACUCACACGUCAAGAGUACGAUGACAUGAUGGAAAGAUAUGAUACGAAACAACAGCUGUCGACAACAUCCACCGAAGAGAGCGAAGACUUACAAGGAUUUCCAUCCGACGGCUACUGUUUGAUUGGCUUUUUCUCACUACUCGAUCCACCUCGACCCGAAGUUCCAGACGCUGUCAUCAAAGCUCGACGAGCUCAGAUUCGAGUUGCCAUGGUCACCGGUGACCAUCCAACCACUGCAAAAGCCAUCGCCAAACAAGUCAACAUCUUCACGCCCGAAAUCGCCGACAUCAACGGAGUCGAUUCCUUCAAACUUGAACAAGGUGCCAACGGAAACUACAUGCUCAAUCUCUAUCGAAACGACAAACUCAUUCAACAGCACGAGCCAGGCGAAAUCAAACGAACCGAUUCACUGUCGAAGAACGCUCGAGAAAUGCAGCGACGAGCAUCGAUCGCAGCAGGUGAGAUUGUUCCUGAGAAUCCGCCGUGGUAUGUUCGUGCAUGGCGCUCCAUUCGUAAUCAGUUCGUUGAGCCAGAAACUGAUAUCGAGCCCACGGACAAGAUGGAAUAUAUUCCUUAUGCGAUCGUUGUAGCUGGCGCUGACAUCAAUCACAUGGAUGACUUCAUGUGGGACUGGGUAUUGUCUCAUCAAGAGUUGGUAUUUGCUCGAACGACACCUGAGCAGAAGCUGCAGAUCGUGACAGAAUUUCAGAGACGAGCAGAGAUCGUGGCUGUAACAGGUGAUGGUACGAACGAUGCACCUGCGCUGAAGUGUGCACAUCUUGGUGUUGCUAUGCAAUCGGGAACGGAGGUGUCGAAAGAAGCUGGUGACAUGAUUUUAUUGGACAAUAAUUUUGCAUCGAUUAUCCAAGCGAUUGAAACGGGCCGUUUGUUAAGUGACAACUUGAAGAAAGUCGCUGUCUAUCUUCUGCCGGGAGGGUCAUGGGCACAGAUCUGGCCGUUAUUCUUCAGCUUGUGGUUUGGUAUGCCAUUGGCAUUAUCUGCUUUUCUAGCGAUUGUGUUUUGUAUGCUUAAUGAUGUAUUCCUAUCUCUUGCUAUGGUAACGGAGAGUCCUGAACGUGACAUUAUGUCUCGUCCACCAGCUAUUCGCUCAAAAGAUCACUUGCUCAACUGGAAACUACUCUUGCAUGCAUACGUAUUUGUUGGUACUAUAGAAUGCUUCACAGGUUUCUUCUGUUUCUGGUACUAUUGGUCUGAUCACAAAGUUCCAUUGACUUCCUUCAUGUUCACAUAUGAAAAAUUUGGUGUCGAUCCCAAAACUCCUUACUCCCUUGCGCAACUAACGGAAAUGAAAUACGUUGCCCAAUCAGUGUAUUAUUGCUCAGUAUGCUUGUUUCAAGUUUUCAAUUAUUUUGCUACUCGCACUCGUUAUACCUCAAUCACCGAGCAUAACCCGUUCUGGGGCAAAGGACGUAAUUUGUACGCAUUCGGAGCAAUUCUAAUAUCGAUCAUUAUUCAAAUAAUAGUUACACAAGUUUUUUGGUUUAAUCAAGUCUUUCAUACGGCACCAGUACCUGUAAAAUACGUAUUGCCAACAUUAGGAUUUGGUGCGCUAUGGUUGCUUAUCGAUGAAUUGAGAAAAUGGUUUGUUAGAAAUUAUCCGGAUGGUCUUACAGCAAAAAUUGCUUGGUAA